AGAAAAUUACGAAACGAUUUAGCUGAGCCAGGUCAUCAAAUCACGUGAGGCAACAACCUGAGCACUAAAUACACAUAUAUGCGAUAACCACCUUGUUCGCAUCGCCAACUUCGGCUCACGCAGAUUCGAGACCUCAUUAGCAACCAACUGUUAUUAUUCAUGGAAGAUGCAGUCCGUCCGAGCGAGGCGGCCUUCAAGGCGAUGUAUGAGAGAGGAUAUCGCACAUGGACUGCACUUUGGGAGAGCGCAGUAGCAGACAGAGACCUCCCACAGACUCCCCUUACCAGCCUUUUUUCAUCAUUUCCCAACCACCCAUACUUUCCAGAUGGCCUUGCGGUCAACAAAUCUUUUUCAAACACGAUCACGGCAAGAGGCAAAACCACUUGGAUAACUACCCAAGGGGCAUGCGACCUCUCAACAUUUGAAGAAGAUGUUGUUAUCCAGGUGGCUUCAAGCUACGUGACGCCAAUUAGCUUCGUUUCCAAUCCACAUGUGGCAAUGAAGCUUGCGACUUGUUUCGGUAGCACGAGCAAUCAUGUGGCUGUCCUUAUGCUUGCAUGGGCAUACAUACUUUCGGCAAGAUGGGCUGAGCUUAUUCCUGGAGCACGCGCGCCUGAUUAUAGCAACCACGGAGAUUGGCUUAAUGCCAGCAAUGGAUUGAGAGGGUUAGCCAAUGGCAACAACUCUAUCGUGGUAGAUAUAGGGGACGUGGAUGAAGAUGCUGCUCGGUGGUGGACCGCCGUUCUAUCAGCAAGUGGUUGGGAUGCAUCAAUCCGAAGUAACACCGGUUUUUUCCUCUACGCACCUUGGUCCGUUAGAAUCGAGCUAGGGUCGACUUUCCUCGUUUCUGCCAACGUUAAGCCUGAUUCACACGUCACCCAUCGUUGUCCUGCAUCGUUCAGCACUGCCAUUCAUUAUCUUUCGGAGUAUUGCUCUCUCCAUGAUGUCGCCGACCAAAGCCAAGAAGCACUUGCAGCUGCUUUGCUCAUUCCAGUAGCGAAACUGGACAAUAGAAGAAUCGAACUACCUAUCCCGCAACUAUCGCACAAGUCAAAAACUCGACAAGAGAGAAAUCAAGCCACUCUAGCUUGGAAUGGGGAACCCGGCCAGUUAGAUCGACUGUUAACGCUUAGCUGCAAUUCGAGAGGGGUGAAAGCCCUAUUAAACAGCAUCUUCUUCGAGCCAGACGUGGCUUGUAAUGACUGCGGGGCUUGGUUACAGGGCUCAUUCGCGUUCCUCGACUCCGAGGAGGCUAGCGAUAUGUAUCUCCGCUUGAAUACAUUCAUAAAGAGAGACCCGGGCCUUGGAUUUCUCUGGAUCGGUGCCUUUAUCACGGGUGCUGAAGCGAGCUGUCUCCGAGAUGCUCGGAUAGGCUGGUGGAAAGUUGAUCUUAGCGCUGCUGCCUGGACUGGGACGCAUGUGUCUUUUAUUCAAGACCUUAUUCCAAAAAUAUCUACGGUCACCCAUCAGAUCUCACGAGCCGACGAAUGCCGACUAAUGUACCUUUCUCACGAACAAGACCAUACACUGCCACCACUGUUUCCUUUUGCACCAUUCGGCUUUACUGCUUUGGAAGACACGGACCUGGACGUUCGUCGACACGCUAGAUGCUCAGCAGUUCAUGGCCUAGGAUGCUAUACUUUUACCUGGGAUCGCGAUGAUUGCAGGACGGUUGUGCAAGGAGGAAACGAUAUGCUUAAGACGACCAUUCGUUUGAAGACCGGGCAACCACCUGGUUGGAACACUACCGCUUCCGUUAAUUAUGAAAAUCUUGAUCUCGAAGAUGAAGUAUCGGAGAUGGUCACCAGAAAUGUUUUCACUUGGCUCCGAGGCGCUGACGGAUUUCCCGUGGCAGAGAGAGCUAUUCGUGAGCACGAAUGGAUUGAAAAUUUGGAAUCGGACGAUGACAGCCUAAUAGAGGGGGAUAUUCGAUCUACAUAUGGAGGGAAUCUUGGUGGGUGGUUAUUAGGGCUGUCAGUUAAGAGACCGGAUUCAAUCUAA